UUUUUAUAACAAAAUUCUAGUCGUUUAGGAUUUUUUUUUUCUCAAGAAGUUUUCAUUUUCUCUAAAUAUUUUACGAAAAUAGGAGAAACCCUAAAUCGCCACCCAGAAUUCCUGCAUUGUCAGAAUCAUUGUUCUUUUGUAUUGUCACCAGCAUCAGAUAGUCUUUUUUGGUCAAUGCUGUGAUUUCUGGGUUCUAUUUUUUUUCCUUCCUUUUGACAUUUUUUUUUUUUUUGCAUCACAUCAAAUUGGGUGAAUUCAAUUCUUAGACAAUCAACAAGGAGGAAAUGACUCUUGUUGCCAGGUGAUACUGAUCGCAAGAUUCCAUUGCUAAGUGGAGGGAAAGCCUCAGGAAAUGUUAAACCUGGGGUUUCCAUAAUGAAUGUUGAGGAAGAAGAACAAUAUUUUUCUACCAUCAUUUCUCCAUUAAUGGUUGAUCAUCAUCAGAAUUGGCUCUCUCAUACGGAUUCCGAAGUUUCUGGCGCGAGAUUAUGGGCUGUAUAUGCUUCAAAGGAGCUCAAGAACAAGAUUUAAGCCCCUCUCAUAACAACAACAACAACAACAACGAUAAGGAUCAAAGCAAUUUGAAUGAUAAAUCCUCAAACCAACUCGUUGCUCCAACGCCUUGCAAGACAGAAGCAUACCACGAUCAUGAUCCGUCCAACUACUCGUCCCGAAGCGCCAGCAGAAGAGGGUCUAGGUACGGUUCGCGACAAUCAUCGAGAGUCUCUCAUUACAAUCCUAAUGCCAUUGGGAUUGGCAAGAACAGCAACAAUGGCAGCGUGGGAGACCGAAUCUUCGUCAAUGAGAACAAGCUCGUCUCGAAAUCAGCUCGACAUCACCAGAGGGGCACGACGAUGGACCUCUCGAGCGGGAGCAACUUCUUCUACCUGCCUCGCAUGUCGAGAACUUUCAGCAUGCCAGGUGAUGGUGAUGGAGAGAUCGACCCAGGAUGGCCUCAAUGGCUGACCUCAGUUGCUGGUGAUGCUGUUAGAGGUUGGCUGCCGCGGCAGGCCACCUCGUUCGAGAAGCUAGAAAAGAUUGGACAAGGGACUUACAGCACAGUGUAUAGGGCAAGAGACCUUCAAACAGGGAAGAUCGUGGCGAUGAAGAAAGUGCGGUUCGUGAACAUGGACCCUGAAAGUGUUCGAUUCAUGGCGAGGGAGAUCAACAUCUUGAGGAAGCUUGACCACCCAAAUGUGAUGAGGCUUGAGUGCAUUGUGACUUCCAGGAUGUCGGAGAGCUUGUACCUCGUCUUCGAGUACAUGGAACACGACCUUACCGGGCUUGCAACGAGACCCGGUGUGAGGUUCACCGAGCAACAGAUAAAAUGUUACAUGCAGCAGCUUCUCCGGGGGCUUCAGCAUUGCCAUGACUGUGGGAUUCUGCAUCGCGACAUCAAAGGAUCGAACCUCCUGAUCAACAACAACGGGGUUUUGAAGCUUGGAGAUUUCGGAUUGGCCAACUUCUAUCGUGGUUCGCAGCAGCAGGGUUUGACGAGUAGGGUGGUGACACUGUGGUAUAGGGCGCCAGAGCUCUUGCUUGGUGCCACACAGUAUGGAGUUGGGAUAGACCUCUGGAGUGCUGGUUGCAUACUUGCUGAGCUCUUUGCUGGGAAGCACAUCAUGCCUGGAAGAACAGAGGUGGAGCAAAUGCACAAGAUAUUCAAGCUGUGUGGCUCACCAUCAGAAGAGUACUGGCAGAAGACAAAGUUCCCACAUGCAACAAGUUUCAAGCCUCAACAGCCUUACAAGCGCUGUGUUGAAGAGACAUUCAUCAAAUUCCCGCCUUCAGCACUGGCUCUUGUAGAUCAGUUGUUGUCCAUCGAGCCGGAAGCUCGAGGAACGGCUGCUUCUGCCCUUGAAAGCCAGGUCAGCUAAACAUUUUUACUCCGAUGUUCAUACUUUUCCUUUUUGUGGCCAUUAUAUGAUUAGUUUUGGCAAUAAUAGAAGUUGCAUUUUGUCUACAGUUCUUCAAUACAGAGCCAUUCCCUUGUGAACCUUCAAGCCUACCCAAGUAUCCUCCAAGCAAGGAACUUGAUGCCAAAACCAGAGAAGAGGAAGCAAGAAGAAAAAUGGCAGAAGCCAUCAAGAUGAGGGGACCUGAAUCAGCUAAAGGCCAAAGAAAUGAUAGAGAUUCUUUACCUGGUAAAGGGCAAGGGAAAGCAACAAGCAGCAAUAGCCAUAACUACGAGGAUGCAGCUAAUGGCGGUUACAGGGUUGAGCCUUUAGCAGCAGGAGGAGGGAUGGUGAUGAUCAGGCCAAACGUUGGUGCUGGUGGUAGCUACACUCACUCAUCUUCCAUGAUCCAUCCAAGUCUUACCAACAAGAACGAUUUCUCCACCGCGAGCACUGUGAGAAACCGGAACAACAGCACCAUGUCGGAGCUCAGGACACAGAAAUCCAUGGCGUCCCAACAAACAGUGGACAUGACAGUCACCUGGAGGAAGAACGGUAACAGAAAUGGCGGCUCAUCAUUCAACAUCAAAGACUCUUCAGUGGUGUACGUGCCUCCAAGGAAGAACAGGAUCCAUUACUCUGGCCCUCUGAUGCCUGCAGGAGGCAACAUGGAAGAGCUUCUGAAGGAGCACGAGCGACAAAUUCAACAAGCUGUCAGGAAAGCAAGAUCUAAAGACAACCUUAUAGACGAGGAUCAUAAUAGUAGCUACGGAGGAGGAUGAUCAUGUGCAUAAAAGGCAAACACAACCAAGAAGAACCAGACUUUCAGCCCUUCAGAAAAAAGCAAGUAGUCAUAGGAGGAGAGAACAGAAUAGAACCUUAACAACAACGGCGGUAAGAAGAUUGGUAGAAGCUGGCCUUGAAGGACUCUUGUGGGACAAGAAACUAAAGGAGGGUUGAAAUGGUGUUGUCUGGAUGUGGUUAAAUCCACAAGAUGAAAUAAGGACAUGAAGAUUCCAAUUGACUUGUUUUGGUGUUGUAAAAUUUGUCAGAAGUACAUAAUUAGUCUGACUAUUAGCUAUUUUAUGAUGAUAACUGAACAGUAGGAUCCCAACUUAGAGAGUGAUACUUUGGUAUAUUUUAUAGGACUUUAUUGAUGUGAUCCAUCCUCGUAGUCCAACUAUCCAAACCAAACCU